UCGUGCGCUUUUUGUCUCAUGCAUUCAUAAACGACAGUGGUCAGAGAACGGUAACGGUACGAUACGAGCUGGUUCCACGGAGAGCACCAGUCGAACGUCGAAUAUCAUCAGAGCUCAGAGUGUGUGGAAAAUUGAAAACAAUGAAGUCGUGCGAUAUUUUUUUCGAAAGUUAAAGGAUAGUGAGGUGCAUAUUUUGUUGAUUUCGUGAUUCAUGUGUUUGAAGCGUUGAAGAGCUGUAAAAAAUCGGAUUUUAUUUCGUGUGAAAGAGCUGUGAAGAAUAAUUCCGUUUCUUCAAAAUAAGUGGAGCACGACGCCCUGGAGGAGCAAGCAGAUAACAUUCGAAUGGGUUUCCCCGACACUUUCUACGGUGGUUUUCUUACGAUAUGAAAAAGGAGCGUUUGAAAGUGGAUAUACAAUCUAUCGCCAAGGGCUGGAGUGUUAUCAAUUUCGAGGAAGACAUAAUUUUUGGCCGAAGAUUCGUGAUGUUUUUAGUUUUGUCCCGUAAAAGUUAGAAUCAGUUUGAACAGAUUACCCGAUUUUAUCCCGAAGACUACCGGAGCGUGGCGAGCAGUGGCAUAAAUCCGCAAUUCGAUAACGAUUACUAUACGCGAUUUACUGGUCGAUGCCUAGGUUGGAAGGAGUGAUCAACGCAAAGAAAGAAACGAGUAAAAAAAACUAACGGAGCAUCAAUAAAAGCGAUUGUCGAGAGGAAAUUGGCAGAAGGAGGAAGUGCCGACGAAGCAGUAAAUACCUAGUAGCGAGCAGCAACAGCACAAAGCAGUCUGUCGUCUAGCCAAACAUGAAAGCGAUCGAAGCAAAAAUUGUCGUUUUGGGUUCCCAAGGUGUCGGAAAGACGAGCCUGGUGGUGAGAUAUGUUUCCAACGUGUACACAAAAGAAAUUUCACCGACGAUAGGUGCGUCAUUUUUCACAUGCAAAGUCAACCUGGAAGAUUUCAAAGUCAAAAUGCAGGUCUGGGAUACAGCGGGGCAGGAACGGUUCAAAGCGAUGGCACCGUUGUACUAUAGGAAUGCAAACGCAGCCUUGUUGGUGUUCGAUCUGACGCAGUACAACUCGUUUGUCGAAAUCAAAUCGUGGGUUCAGGAGCUGCAGCGAAACGUGCAGGAACCGAUGGUGCUCUCGCUGGUUGGUAACAAGCUCGACCUGGAGGAGAAACGUGCAGUUUCCCGGGAAGAAGCUGCCCUUUAUGCUACCUCGAUUGGGGGUAACUAUUUCGAAACCUCUGCACUGCAGGAUCAGGGAAUUGAGCAAGUGUUUAUUUCCAUUGCGGUUGGACUGAUAAAACUUUCUGGAGAACAAAUUUGUCCAUCGUUAAAACGGUAUGAAUCAUCGGAUUCUUUGGUACUCUCCGGAUAUGCCAGUGGCAUGAAUGGCGUUGUCCAGAUGGGCAUUCCAGUAGAAUGUGAUAAUGUGUUGACAGACGGCACCGGUCGCUUGGAAACACCUUCGUGGAGCAGGGAACAUAUAGCACAUGCGGACGAGCAACGUGCCGGUUUUUGUUGCUACUGAAGUUGGUUCCUACUGAACCGAUCCCUUGACAAAGACAGAGAGAUGACAGGAAACUUGAUUUUCCCUUGUGAUAACUUAGCUGUCUCCUGAAGAAGACGCAUACAAUGAUUUUCGGAAACACCAUCCUUCAUCAUGUAAGAUCGUAUAGUUUUUGUACAUAACUCGUAAAAGGAGCCCAACCUGCACAUAAGAAUAGCAAUUUAGCACAUUAGGAGUAUCUGUAAGCCGAAAGCUGGAGAGUUUUGUCGUUUAUUUUGAGAAUAAGAACUAUUUAAGGCUUCGUUUGCUGUAUUUCGUUACACUUGGAACGCACCUCAUGACAAAAGCUGAUCUCUCGAAGGGCAAAAAAAAGAUUAGGUUCUUUUUAUCUAAACCGAUUUUGUAGACCAGUUGCGAAUCAAACUCAUAUCACAGCAUCGAGUUCUCAUUCAUAUAUUUAUAUUCAUAUAUUGUCACGAGGGUCAAUUAUGAGCCAUACAUAGCGAACGAUAUGUUAAUAGGGCUACUUUGGACGCUUGUAAUAAAAUAUAUUUAGAAAAUUUUUAAA